AUGAAGGCCAACGUUAUCGCCGCAACCCUCCUCGCCGCCUUCUCGGUUGGCGCUUUUGCCCAGCGUGAUGCCAACGUCCCUGGCGGCCCCGGGCCCGCGGAUGGCAAGUUUCCUACCGGUUUCCCUAUCGGCCCCGACGGCCCGAAGCCCACCGAUGGCAAGUUCCCUACCGGUUUUCCUGCCGGCCCUGGCGGCCCGAAGCCCACAGGCUUCCCCGGUUUCCCUGUCGGUCCCGGCGGCCCGAAGCCCACAGGCCCCCCCGGUGGAGGCUUCCCGGGCUUCCCCCCUCAGGUCCCUGGCGCUGCUCAACCUUCUGGUGGCUUCGGCCACCACUCCGGCUUCCGCAUCCACACCCGCAAGUCUCCCAAGCCGACUCACUCCGCUUAA